AUGAAGAGGUUAGCCAUCGGUUCCAUGGUAACGCCCGAGUAUAUCGAGUGGUUUAAAAAGAGGGUUAAUGAUAAUAUUCUUAGGCCAAGCUUGGAGGAUGCUCGACCUAUCGGGGAACAAUUACAAGUUGCCCCGUCAGAAUUGGAGAUUAUAAGGCAAGAUUUCGAGAAGAAGAGUUCGCAGCUUGGGAAGAAGAUCGAACAAUUGGAGGAAGAAAAGAUGCACCUAAAAUUGGACGCUGAUGUCCAGAGGUCAGAGGCUGAAAAGUGGAAAAAAGGAAAAACUAAGGCCGAAGAAGAUUUAGACAGCUUGAAUACGGACUACAAGAAGCUGCGCCUAUCUAUGAGGACUGCGGGUUUAGGUAAGACUUCCGAACAAUGGCGCCAUGAAAUUCGAGAAGAAAAAGCCAAUACUGACCGGUGGGAAAGGAAAUUCCGAGAAGCUCAGGCACGAAACGAAGAUUUAGAGAAGAGUCUGUCAGAAAGCAGAAAUGAGCGAGGUGAAUUAAAGGCUAGAGUGGUGGAACUCGAGAAGUCUCUGCAUCAGUAUCGAAAUCAUAACACCGUAAUGAAAUUGAGGGCAAGCUUGAGCAAGAUAGAAGAAAUGAAAGGAAAAAUAGAAGAGUUAGAGGCGUCACUACAAAACUGUGAAAUGCGGAUCCAGUUUUUUGAGGCAAACGAGGAUCGUUGGAAAGAACAGCUUCACCAUGCGCAAGACCAAGUCAGAAACCGAGAUUACCUUAUGAGGGAAGCCAUAACCCAAAUUCGAGAGGUAGCUGACUACUUGCAAACUUUAGCGGUUCAGGCAGACACACUGAGCGUGAAGUAUGAGUUGGAGUCAGAUCGCGGACAAGAGCUGGCCUCGUUGUUUAGAAAAAUUAGGACUUUGAUUGUUAGAGCGAAAUUUUAUUUGUAA